UUUACAUGCGAGAAUUAUACGUAAUAAGCCGGUAAAUAAGAUGUGCUGAGUACGAUAUUGUGUCAAGGCUUAGCAGGAGGUAAACAAACAAGGCUCGGAUGGUGGCCACGCUGCCGCCUCCUAUAUAUUAACUUCUGUGGCCACGGGAAGUGUUAAAAAAAUGAAUAACCGCAGCCUUCAAGAGCUCCUGCAGCAGGCGGAGCAGCUGGCCAGCAACCUCAGCGGCGGCGGGGAACUGCCUCGCGUGGACCGCUCCCUGCAGCAGAUCCUCCACACGGGCCAGCAGCUGUGGUCCAGAGCCUCGGCCCAGGCGUCCACGGCCAACGAUGCCCAAGCUGCCAUCCUCCUGGGGUCUCGAGGGGUUGACCUGCCGCACAUCAGUAACCGCCUGGAGACCCUGACCACCGCCCGCACCCUGCAGCCCCUGGAGGCCCUCGCCGACACUGACAUCGCAGCCUUUCUGAGGAACGAGAGGGAGAAUGCCAUCAUCACGGCCAUUGAGGACUCCAAGCGAAGGACGAGCGAGGAGGUUGAGCGCCUGUACUGGAAGCAACAACAAGCAGAAUGGGAACAGAGGAAACAGGACCUGCUCUCAGCCUUCACCCACUCAGGGACAGACUUGCUCAACAUCACCGUUCAGCAGCAGGACAGCGUGUAUGGCAUGUCCCGAAUGGCAGGGAGCGGCAGCAGCCUCAGCAGCGAGGAGACAGCAUACAUUCGGGUGGUGCGCCAGUACAAUGAGGAGAUCCUGCAGGGAGGCAUCAGACCCAACCUGGCUGAGUCACUGUCCGAGGCCGCCACUGCCAUGAAUGACCAGAGCAUCACUGACCUGUGGGCCCUCGUCAAGUGCCUGAGCGAGGUGCCGGUUAGCAUGGCCGGGGAGGCAUCCAAGGCCAGGGUCACACCAAGAGUUCAGAAUGCUGUGGUCAGACAGGCUCGUGGCUACCUGGAAAAAUCGUACACCAGCCACAUGCGACACAUGGUUUACUCUCACCUGGAGCGUGCCCAGCUUGGAGGGGUGCCUGGCCUGGUGCCCUUAGUGCGUGCCUACCUGGAGGUGGUGCUGCCCCAUCAGGUGACGGCAACCCUGGAAGAUGGACAGGCCAGUGGUGCCCCAGUCUGGCCACUCAUCUUCUACUGCAUGAGGGCGGGAGGGAGCAAGGCAGCAUGUCAGGCAGCUUCAGAAAACAGCUCGCCCCUGGUGGUUGAGGUCGUUGGGGCGCUGGAGCACUACCACAAGAGUGACUCGGGGCGCCUCCCACCCGACCUGGAGAAGAAGCUGCGGACCUCAUACAAGCGCACUGUCAAAAACUCCCCCGAUCCCUUCAAGCGAGCCGUGUAUUGUUUGCUUAGCCGCUGUGACCCCCAUGAGGACCACACGGACAUCGCCACCACCACAGAUGACUACUUGUGGCUGAAACUGUGUGUGGUUGACUGUGACAGCUCCCCUUCAGCCUCUGUCUCCAGCACCAGCAGCCUCCAACAGGACACACUCACCCUAACCCAGCUCCAAAAUCUCCUCUAUGAACAAUAUGGAGAGUCACACUUCAAUGCAUGGAACCAGCCUCUCCUCUACGCAUCAAUUCUCCUCCAGACGGGACAAUUUGAGGCCGCCGUUGAAUUCCUGAGCCGCAAGGAGAUGUUACGGUGCCAUGCUGUCCACAUCGGCCUGGCACUGCACGAAAUGAGUCUGCUGGCACUGCCCUCGGAGGUGCACGCCCCAAUGUUGUCGCGUGAAGACAGUGACCCAGAGGGAGUGCGUCGCCUCAACCUGACUCGCCUCAUCCUCCUCUACACACGCAAGUUUGAAGUGACUGACCCCUGCGAAGCCCUCCACUAUUGCUUCUUCCUGAGGUCGCUGAAGGGCAGGAAUGGCGAAAACGUGUUCUCUGGUUGUAUCAGUCAGCUGGUGCUUCAGUCGCGGGAGUUUGACCUGCUGCUAGGGAGGCUGGAGCCCGAUGGUCGCCGCACCCCAGGCAUCAUCGACAAGUUCAAGGUGGACGUGAGUGAGGUGACGCAGAUGGUUGCCCAGGACUCGGAGAAGAAGGGACUACAUGAGGAUGCCAUCAAGCUGUAUGACUUAGCCAAGAAUCAUGAGAAGGUCGUGUCGCUGCUGAACCAAUUGCUGAGUCAGGUCGUGCAUCAGCCAGAGGGCGGGAGUGGUAGCCAGCGCAGUCGUGUGGUGGAGUUGGCCUCAGCUGUGGCCCUGCGCUUCAAGACCCAUGGCCACAACACACAGCCCACCACCGUUGCCACCCUGCACCUCCUAAUGGACCUUGCCACCUUUUUCAACUUCUACCAUAAAGAAAGAUUCAACGAUGCUCUUGAGAUCUUGAAGAAGCUGCACAUCAUUGCCCUGAGGAGGGAUGAGGUGGACAGCCGUGUGGCGGGAGUAACAGCCCAGGGGAGUGAGGUGAGGAGCGUGCUGCCUCACAUCCUCCUGGCGGCAAUGACCACCACCUACAAACUCUAUAGGUCAAGUCAGCUCCCUCAGUCACCCCAGCCCUCCCUCAACGUGUCCACAGCCGCUGCCCCAACAGCUCCCAAGCAUCUUCAGGAGCAAGCCCGUGCCAUCGUAACGUUCGCCGGCAUGAUUCCCAUGAGACUUCAUUCAGACAUCAACGCUCGCCUUGUCCAACUGGAAGCCCUCAUCAACUAAUUAGAGAUAUAAGCCCGUAUUCUUAAACGUCUCGGCACCACAGCUCGACCAUUUGAAAAGCCUCUCAUAAAAGUCGCCGGUGGGAUUUCUGUGAUUCUGGUGAUAGUUUUGCAUGACUUACACACCUUGAAUGGGAAAAUCCCCCUCCAUGAAAACCUGGUUAAUCUUGCUGCUGGGUUUUUCAUGGACUAUUUGGUGAUCCAGGUGAUAGUUUUACAUGACUUCUGCGCCUUGAACGCAAAAAUCAUCCAUGAAAACCCGGUUAAUCUUCUCUGUGGCCUUGGAAAAUAGCCAUACUGGGAGCUUGAGAGGCUUAAGAAUAUGAAACAGAGAGUGAGGCAACUUGAGGAAUACAUGUUUUGCUUCUUAUUGUUACACUCCAGGAAGACAUCUGUUGCCUCAUGGUUAAAAGAGGUGGAAGAAGAGAGAAAAAGAAUGAAAGGUGUGUCUUCAAUUGUUGGGUGAUGUUGUUGUCUUAGGAAAAUAAAAGGUGUUACUUAAAGCUCCAUGAACUUGGUAAUAUAUGUGAAAUUAAUUUGGUAUCCAUUCAGACAUGUCUCUUUAUUUUAUUUUAAUGUAACUUUUGUACUCUGAAGAAAAUAAUGUUCUACUGUGCUUUAGUUUUCUGAAAUAUACUUAAAAAUCAAGAAUA